UCCAGUAAUGGGAACCCACCAGAGAGAUGUCCCCGUCCUCUGUAUUCCUGGGAUUCCACAGAGAAGGAUCACACUAUCCCUUGCCACGAUCAGGGUGAGAAUCUGAUGAACAUGAAAGUUGAAGUAGAAGAGAUGUAUGUGAGGGAUGAUCAGCAAUAUAUGGAGGAGGCUGGAAUGACGAGGACAUUCAAAGAGGACAGUCCUACAGAGAUCAGCACAGAAUACGUUAUCAAAAAAGCCUCAACGGAUCGUCUCACUUUAUCUCUAUGUUGGAAAAUGGAAGAUGAGGACAUCACAAGAGAUUGUGCAGGAGAAAAAACGAUGAGUUCAGCUAUGGAUGGAGGACUUCACAGUGUGGAUGGACCAUCAAAUCUCUCUAAUGAGCAACUUUGUACUGUGAGGGAUGGUUCCGAAAUUCAGGGGCAGGAGACGUUUUCCGGUCCUGAAUGUGGGGAGAGUUUUAGCUCUUUGUCUCAUCUUUACUUACAUCAAAGGAACAAUCUAAAUUCCUCUCCUGAGUAUGGGAAAUGUUUUACACGAAAAUUAGGACUCGUUCUACAUCAAAGUUCUCACACAGGGGAGAAGCCUUAUUCCUGCCCUGGGUGCGAGAAAUGUUUUUCAAAGAAAUCAGACCUUGUUAGACAUCAAAGAUCUCACACCGGAGAGAAGCAGUUUUCCUGCUCUGAGUGUGGGAAAUAUUUUGUAUAUAACUCAGAACUUGUUAGACAUCAAAAGUCUCACACGGGGGAGAAACCGUAUUCCUGUCAUGAAUGCGAGAAAAGUUUUUCACAGAAAUCAGACCUUGUUAGACAUGUGAAAUCUCACACAGGGGAGAAGCCGUUUUCCUGCCCUAUGUGUGGGAAAUGUUAUAUACGGAAAUCAGACUUUGUUAUACAUCAAAGAUCUCACACUGGGGAGAAGCCGUAUUCCUGCCCUGAGUGCGGGAAAUGUUUUUCAGAGACGUCCAAUCUUUAUGCACAUCAAAGGACUCACAAAGGAGAAAAGCCGCAUUCCUGUUCUGAGUGUGGGAAAUGUUUUUCUCAGAAAUCAAAACUUGUCACACACCAGAGAUCUCACACAGGGGAGAAACUUUAUUCCUGUCUUGAGUGCGGAAAAGGUUUCCCAGAGAAGUCCAGACUUUACAGACAUCAGAGGAUUCACACAGGUGAGAAGCCGUAUUCCUGUUCUGAGUGCGGGAAAUGUUUUUCGCAGAAAUCGGACCUUGUUAAACAUCAAAGGUCUCACACAGGGGAGAGGCCGUAUUCCUGCCCAAGCUGCAGGAAAUGUUAUCGACAUAAAUCAGACUAUGUUAGACAUCAAAGAUCUCACACUGGUGAGAAGCCGUAUUCCUGCACUGAGUGCGGUAAAAGAUUUCCGGAGAAGUCCAGUCUCUACAAACAUCAGAGGAUUCACACAGGGGAGAGGCCGUAUUCCUGUGCUGAGUGUGGAAAAACUUUUUCACAGUCAUCCCAUCUUUACGUACAUCAGCGGUCUCACACAGUUGAGAAGCUGUGUUCCUGUCCGGAGUGCGGGAAAUGUUUUUCGCAGAAAUCAGACCUUGCUAGACAUCAAAGAACUCAUACAAGUGAGAAGCCGCAUUCCUUCCAUGAGUGAGGAAAUUUUUUUUCACAGAUGUCCCAUCUUCACAGACAUCAGAGGAGUCACACGGGGAAGAAGCCGUAAUCCUGUCCUGAGUGCGGACAUUUUAUAUCACAGAUAUCAGACCUUGAAAGACAUUAAAGAUCUCAAAGAAAGUGGAUGCUGUAUCCCUGUCCUAAGUGCAGUCAAUGUUUAUCAGAGAAGUCCAGGCUUCACAGGCAUCAGAGGAGAAGCUGUAUUCCUGUCCUGAGUGUGAAAAAUGUUAUACAUGGACAUCAGAUUUUGUUAUACAUCAUAGAUCGUAUCCACAUGAAGACCAGGCCUUUUCUGGAACUUUUUGUUUCAAAUUUUAAAUCAUUAUUCUUUGCUAGAAAAUUACUUAGAACCCCCAAACAUUAAAUAUUUUUUUUAGCUGAGACCUUAGAGAAAAAAAUGGCGAUCGUUUUAAUAUGUUAUAUCACAUAGUUUACGCAGCGGUCCUUCAAAAACAAUUUUUAGAGGAAAAAAAACACUUUAAUGAAUAAAAAAAAAACCACAAUAUUUAGCCCAAUUUUUUUGUAU